CAUGAAGGUUUUGGCUUUGGAUUUGGAUUGAAGAUGUUUGAUUCUCUGAAAUGGCAGAAAGUGUAACUAUCAAUUGGAUUGGAGUUUGGAUUGAAUUUCACAUUUGGAUCAAGUGAUUGGUUGUGUGAUUGCUGAAUAGAUUCUCGAUUCGAAUUGUUUUUGCAGGAGUUGUUCUGGCUGUUCCAUUGGAUUUAGCAAUAACUCCAAUGAGGGUAUUGCAAGAUUCCCUCAUUGGACCGGAUUGUGGAGCGAUGCUUGAAGAAGGAGAAGUGGAUGACAGGUUCUUGAUGAUUCUGUUCCUUGUGGUGGAGCGCUUAAGCGAAAAGAUCUCUUCUUGGAAGUCUCGAGUACACACAGCUAAUUCUGUUUUGUAUACAAGUUUGAGUCCUGGUCCUUCUUUGGCGGCUGAAUAUGUUCAAUAUGUUUACACUAGGUACCUCGACAUGCUUCCAACUACAUUUUGGGAACCCACUUUGGUUUACUGACGAUGAGCUUUUAAAGCUGGAAGGCACAGCACUGUAUCAGGCAACCCAAUUACAGGUAAAUCAUGCCCUUUGGCUGUUCACUAAUCACUGUAAUGUAGGGUCCUAGAAUUGUGGAUUGUGAAUGCCAUUGUAUUAGUUUUCCCAGAGGGCUAUAACUGAAUGGGGAAAGAAAUGUUUCUACAGAAGAAGCCUUUGAUGUCUCUCUUCAAAGACAAAGUGAAGGGUCUGGUGAGGAAACUUCUUGUUCUUGAUAGGAAUGCCGAAAGGUGAAUUCCUUUAUGCGAAUUUUCACAAAUUCAUCGCAGCAACACUCGAUAUGAAUGCAUCUUUCUGGUGUCCAUCAGUAGUUGAGUUGUUGCAAUGCACAUCAUCAAUUGCAUAUAUCAACCUGAAAGAACGUUAAAAAGUUGUUCUUGUUUCUCUUGACAGGGGCGCCUCGUUUGAAGACUUCAUCUGGUGUGUAUUUGCUAAAUCAAACUAUGAUAUUUUGCAAAUCUUAAAUUUGGUUUCUCCAUUUUUUCCCUUCGUUGUUGAAUGGUUGAAGAAUCGCAGUGUUGUUUGAUCUAUUGCUGGGGUUUUGCCGCUGUUCUUGCUGCCUGUGCUCGCCGCGAACACUUAUAUUUCCGAAAAUGCACUCAUGCCAGGUCUGCUCUGAACUGCCCUUCACCACUCAAUUUAGCUUGAAUGUAAUUGGGUUUCCAUGGUAGUAAUAUAAUUCGUCUGGAAUUGUAUCUUCCUGAUGAAAUUGAAGGUUCUGCGAGUAGUUUUUUGUCACUUUCAUGGCUGUAGUGUAGACUUGCUUCCUAAGCACAAACCUAAAAAACCCACACUUCUUCCAUUUAUUAUUUUGGCCAACAAGAAACCUUUUGUCACAAUAGUAUGCUUUGAUAAAAUAGAAUGACCUGGUGUUAUAGGGAUGGUUUGUGAAAUUGUAGUCGAGAUUGAACCGAACAAGUUAAAGGAAUCCGAUGUUCAGUAGUACAUUUGUAAUUUAAUUGGUUGCACAUUGCUAGGAUACAAUUGUUAAAACAGCAUCAAAAUAAGAUAAUAUUCUGCCGAUAAUAUACCGACAUACGAUACGACCGAUCAAAUUCGGUAAAAUUGACCGGUAUAUUGUUGGUAGUAUGUUUGACAGCAUUGUAUAGGCGAGUACAGGCUUUUCCUAUGUAUGUGUGUCAUACUGGUCUGCUGUCAAUGCACGAUUUUCCUAGUCAUAUGGUCGAUAUCCUACAAUUCUAAAAUUCAUGUUUUUAUAGUCCGACCCUCGAUACGUUAUAAUUUCAUAAACCAUACUUAUAGGUUUACCGUAUAUUCACGAGGUAGUUUCAGACAUCAUAUAGAAGAAAAAGGGUAGUCUUUACUGAUUAAGAAGGGAAGCAGGAAGGGCUCUUAAGCUGGGGGUAGGGGGUUCAGUGCCCUUUUUCCUUUUUAUAUUCUGUGAAAUGAAAUCAGAGGACUGAUGAGAGCCAAAAAGGCCUAUUUAAGGGGUAGACCUUCUGCAAAACCAUACUUGUAAACAUCUCAAACCACCCCCAAAAGAAAAAAGCAUACAAGGAGCUGCCAGCCUGCCACCCAGCUUCCCUCUCCCCUGCCUUAAACCUCUGUUCUUCUUCCCCUUUCCUUUCCCUGCCUUGCCAAGUAAAGAAUCCUUCCCUUAGAAUAGUUUUUUCCUGUUGCCAACCAACAAGAAGCUCCCCUCCCACUUUCUUCCUUCUUUCUUAUAUAACUCUUCCUUCCCUUCCCCUCAAAUCAAAAUCCUUCUUUUUGCUGCUUGCCAUAAAUACAUGCAAAACUCUAAUAAAGCUAGCUCCUUUAAGCCAGUUCCCUGUUGUGUGUUGUUCACCUUUUGUGUUCAUCCCCUUUUUCCUUUUUCCCCCACCUUCAAAUAUCUUUGUGCUUCUUUCCUGUUUGUUGCUUAAGUUCUCUAGCUCAUUUGUGGGUGACUUCCUUUUGAGAAGCUCUUCAAAGUUGAGAACUUGGCAUUGGACAAGAGAGAGAGAAUCAGAAGAUGGGUAUUGGAGGGACUUUGGAGUACCUGUCAGACUUGAUGGCAAGUUCAGGCCAUAAACACAAGAAGAAGAGGAAGCAAAUGCAGACUGUAGAGCUCAAAGUCAGAAUGGAUUGUGAUGGGUGUGAGCUUAAGGUCAAGAAUGCCCUUUCCUCACUAACUGGAGUGAAGAGUGUGGAGAUAAACAGGAAGCAGCAGAAGGUGACGGUAACUGGGUUUGUAGAGCCACACAAGGUGCUGAAGAAGGCCAAAUCGACAGGAAAAAGGACAGAGAUCUGGCCAUAUGUGCCCUACAAUGUAGUGGCACAGCCAUACGUUGCUGGUACUUAUGACAAGAAAGCCCCUCCUGGUUAUGUGAGGAAGGUUGAUCAACCUGCUGCUGUCUCAACCGUCGCCAGAUAUGAAGACCCUUACACCUCCAUGUUCAGUGAUGACAACCCAAAUGCUUGCUCCAUCAUGUAACAGUCAACUAACACCAAUACUACUGAUCUCUACUUUUGUGAAUGGUUUCCAACCAAGCAGUAGGUUUUGUAGUAGAGAGAGAGAGGCAAAGUCUUUUGGUUUUUUCUUGUUCAGUGUGGUUUAGGAAGUACUGUGAUGGAGACAUUUUGAUUUUGAUGUUCCUAUUUGAGUCAUUAUUAUAAAACAAGAGGGUUCUUGAUUCUUUCUUUCCUGCAAAUUGUAUGCUGUCAUGAGUUCAUGUAUUUUUCUGGGAGGUCUCUGUUCAACAGCUGGAGUUAGCAUUGAAUUGGGAGAAGGGGGAAGAAAGAAAGGGAAACAGUGGUUUGAUUUCUGGGAUGUUGGAAAUGAAAACAUGAACAGAAGAUAAAACUGACAUCACCAGAGGGAAAUAGUUUUUCUUUCACAGUUUCAGUGUAGGGUUUCUGUUAUCAAAGAGAAAAGUGAAAACAUGACCAAUAUAAGAAUGAAUGCAGUGAGCAAAUGAUACAAACCAAGAGAUUUUGUGAAGAUCCCAAGCGAGGGAAUAUAUUAUACAUUUGAAUGGGUCAAUCAUGAUAUAUGUUUUGCAUAUUUGCUUUAAGGUUGGAGGAGGAGCCUUGGCCAUGUUCAGAAAAAGGUCUUUUUGUGCUCUUCUUUUAUAAUAUCAGAGCACCAUUUGGUUGAAUUUGAAUGAAAAUGAUGCAUGAUAUGACAAUGCCCUGCCUAGCAAUACAAUUCCAUGACUGCUGUUUUUUCAUCACUGAAUUUGAGGAUUUGAGCUAUUUAAUGGUUCAAGUAGAUUUGGUAAAUAUAUGCUUGACAUCAUCUUGUUGGUGAAAAUACUCUUUUGGCUUAACCAUGAUCUAGCGUUUUAUAUUAAUUUCAAGAACGAAACUAAACUUAGUAAUGAAGAGUAAGGUAUUCUAGUAAUUUAUACUCAACUCGAACUAGAUUAAAUUAAUCAUUAGAAAGGGAGAACCAGUAGUAUAGUUAUAGGUAUGAUGGAGAUUGAGAUUGGACCGAGCAACCAAUCUGGUGAGGAUCAGGUAUGGAUUAAGUUCUCAAGGCAACAUGUUCGAGUCGUACGAGUUGAACAUUAAUUUGAACAAGUCCAACAGAAGACUACAACUAAAAUGAACUAAGUGACUAUCGUGUUAGUCAUUUCAAACUUUGUCUGACAAUUUCAGUGGUUGGUUUAUAAAGAACCCCAUAGUUUGGUGACCAUAUCUGUAAUUGACCACCAAACGAAACUCCAGAAGACAGAAUCUUUCUUUUCCCUUUUCAACUUUCCUUUUCCCCCUCACUCUCUCCUCGUGUGAUCAAAAGGGAAGCGUAAAGGCAAAUGCAUCACUGCUCCUGUAAAAGAUGAUGAUAAUCUAAUAAGAUUCAUUAGCAGAAAUCAACACAGUGCUUCCUUCCCACCUUUAAUUUCGCAUUCGAACUUGUGAAGGUGAAGCAUUUCUUCAUACAGUAGAAAAGGAAUAAUGGAACUGACGUCUCCAGCAGGAAGAAGGAAUGAGGCCUAAAAAGAACACAUUAGGAAUUUAAAUAAUACCUUCUAAUCUCAGCAUAAAUUAGGAGAACAAAGAAAAAGGAAAGAACUCUACACAACAUAGCCGUUUACACGUAAAAAAAUAUUGACUUCAGU